AUGUCUUUUGGCAGAAAUCCGAUGACUCUCUCCACCAUUAUUCGGCGACAUGGUUGUUGUCGGGGUUGCUUCCCUAACGCAUGGUCGAUUCUACCUCAAUUUGGGUUUGGAAAUGGCUUGGAUAUCGCUAAUGCAGAAUCGAAGGUUCAAAUCUUUUCGCUACACCGCCUCGACAUGUCUUUGGAAGCGACCCCGCCGGUUAUUUUGCGUGAGAUAAUCGCCCAUCUGGAUGGACAGGAUAUGGUGAAUCUGGUACUGGCUUUUCCGGCCCUGAAUCCUUCGCCGCAGCCUCAGAAAGUGGAAAUCGGCACGAUAGACGCCGAAUGGCUUGCAGAUGUGCCGAUGGGUCUAACGAGAACCGAAGAGGACAUGAGACAGCAAGAGAUCGACGACGACCGAGUGCAUCUGAACGAACCCAUUCCGCCCGAAGCUGAUCUCUUCAGUAUAGUCGACUAUUCUACAACUGUCGGAGGAGGUAAGGGCUCAAUUGAGGUGGAACUAGAUGCACCAUGUAUCAACAUGUACGCCAAGGGCGACGACAAGGGCUGGCGUUUGGAUAUGAUCAAAUUACGUGCGACGCCAAAAUCGUCCAAGACUCGAAUGCAGAGCGAAAUCAGGUACAAUUUGUCUGGACAGGAGCCGUCCAAGGACACAAAGGGACGAAAAAUCCACAGAUUUUGGUCCUACGACAAGAAAGGAGACAAGAUCGACUGGAACUUCAGUUUUCCGGGCGACAAUUACUGCGAAUACAAACUGACUGACGACAAGAACCAGUUCAUGUACGGUAUUAUCAAGAAUGAAGAAGGCGACAAGGAAGGGGUGUGGGCGGUUAGUGAGGUCAGAGAGGAGGAAAAACCGAGCCAGGACCUUCCAACCACACAUGUGCGACUUUCAGAAGACACCUCGGAGAACGCCAUUAUCAAGCUUGUAGGAAGCAAGUGUCCUUUGGUGAUAAUGGGCGGUGGAGAAGACGAGGAGGCCAAUGGGCUGUAUUAUGUGGACUGGGAGGAAGAGCAAACACAUCACAUUGCAGACAUUAGUUUGGAUUUCUUCAAGACGGAUGAUUGGUUGCUUAACAUUCCUUGUGUUGCUAAUGGCGAGGAGUUGUUUGUGUCCCUUGAUGGCUGCAUUUUGCGUCUCCAGACGUCUCCCGACGGACCCACUCAUCUUGUCAGAAAGUACGAUACCCCCCAAUUCAAUCAAGGAGAGCUGGCUCUCGACCAAACGAAGCGGUUUCUGUUCUCGUGGACGCCUGAACGUCAAGCCGUGUUAGAUCUCGACACCGAGCGACUGACAAUCAUUCUUCCGUACCACAGAUACGAGUCCCGGUUCGUGGGAAUUAUUAAUGACGAGGUCCACGUGUGGAGAUUCAAUUGGGGAUACAUCAAGGACGUCUUUGAUCACAAGCGACAUGGUAAGGAGGAGUAUGACUUUUCAGAGGUGGAGAAGCACGGUAGUUGA